AUGUCCGACGUGCCAGCUACACAAUUCGAGAGCUCCAUCAUGGAGCUAGACUCGUGGCUCGAAGGAGAAUCUGAGCGAGCCGUUCAAAAUAUGCGGGAGAUGAAUCAGAGCCUCGACAGCAUGGAAAAAGCGACAGCGCGAGUUUGCGCAGGAACGGACGAAAUCGCUUUGAUGAUGAAAAAUAUACGAGACGAAAAUCAAGCACUGAAGCAGAAGCUAAUAACGAAGGAAAAAGAACAGAAAGAAUUGGCCCAAGAACUGAAUCAAGCGAUCAAUAUCAUUGAUGGAAUGGAGGUGGAAGCUGAAGCCGCAAAGGAAGACCUCGCGAAAAUGAAACGACAGCUGGAAGAAGCGAACAAACUGAUCAACAAUUACGAACAGGAGAAGCGAAAGAGAAGAAGACGAAGGGAAGAAAAGCGCAGAAACGAGGAAAUGAAAAAGGCGCAACCCAUUGAAAUUCCACCGGCGAUCCCCCCCGUGUCAGCGGCCCCUAAAGAAAAUAGCUGGCAGGAAGUCUCCGAGAUCGCUCUGGCCGUUGCCCUGAUUGGCGCUACCGCUUAUCUUUGCUACAAAUAUUGA